GUAAUCAGUCAGCUUUUGUCUGGUAUUGAGACAAGUCGUUUUCUUAAAUAGACCGUGGGUCAAGAAUAAACUUGAUAGUAUAGUUCCUGACUGACUUUGAAACUGUGAUAAUAUAAAUUAAUACAUUUUAAAAACCUUGAAAAAUUUUAAUUCCUCAUUGAAAUAAUAAAACAUUGUUUGUACUAUAUCAAAUCAGCUAGUAGAACUAAAGUUAGAAAAAAAAAAUAUUAAUAAAAGUGAAGUGGUUUGUUUGAAUAGCUAUUAUAGCUUUUUGAAGUGUUUUUACAACGCUCUCUUUUUAUUGCAACGAAAAUAAGCUUCAAGGCAUUGGUUUUUGGUUUUCUUUGCUAAGGGAGCUUAAAACAAGCCACCGCCAUGGCUGAAGCCCAUUCAGCUGUAGCCUUCCAAUUUUCAAUCACCCACGAAGGAUGGGACAUUAAUUAUGACCAAGAAGUUCUUAAUCUUGUUUGGGAUUCAGGCGUACGAUCCUGGAAGAAACGUAUAGCCAGAGCGAGAAAUGGCAUACGCAAUGGUGUCUAUCCGGCACACAUUCAAAGUUUAUGGCUAAUAACAGCCAUAGCAAUUGGAUUACACUUUUCCGGCUAUAAUGCGCCUUUUAACUUAACAAAUAAAAUUCUAGUCCGUCUUCCAACAAACACUGUAAAUUAUCAAUUAUUAGCGUGCUUCUUAGCUUCACUUAUUGUUUGGCUAACAAUAUGUUUUACAAUGCGUUACACACUCAAAGUCCUACUCAUCUACAAAGGAUGGAUGUAUGAGUCAAGAGCGCCUGGUAGUAGGAUCUCAAUUGGAACAAUACUCUGGACGGCAGUAGUAAAAUUACUUUCCAGUUGGAAUACUCCUGGUUUGUAUAGUUUUCAAGGAUCAUUGCCACGAUUGCCAUUACCUAGUGUGCAUGAUACAAUGCAAAGAUAUUUGCGAUCAGUUCAUCCUCUUUUGGAUGAAGAAAACUACAAAAGAAUGGAGAAUCUCGCUAAAGAAUUUGAGAGUACAAUUGGCAAGAAAUUACAGCGUUAUUUGGUUUUGAAGAGCUGGUGGUCAUCCAAUUAUGUUUCUGAUUGGUGGGAGGAGUAUGUUUAUCUUCGUGGUCGCAGUCCAUUGAUGGUUAAUAGCAAUUUUUAUGGAACUGAUGCUAUUUUCUUGGAAUUCACCACAAAACAAGCUGCACGUGCUGCCAAUGUUGUUAGUCAAUUGCUUGCCUUCCGUCGUUUGAUUGAGAGACAAGAACUUCAACCAAUAAUGAUCCAGGGUAUGAUUCCACUAUGCUCGUGGCAAUAUGAACGUACUUUUAAUACAGUUCGUGUGCCAGGGUUAGAGACAGAUAGAAUUACUCAUUACAAAGAGUCAAAUCACAUCGUUGUCAUGCACAAGGGCUGCUUCUACAAAGUAAUAAUCUACUACAAGGGACGUCUUUUGAGACCAUCUGAACUUCAAGUACAAAUGGAAGAAAUACUCAAUUCUAACGCAACUCCACUGCCACAUGAAGAACAUCUUGCCGCACUGACCGCAUGGCAGCGUUCCAAAUGGGCAGAAGUACGUAACACUCAUUUUACACGCGGUGUCAAUCGUGUAUCUCUCAAUGCAAUCGAAACAUCUGCAUUUAUUUUGUCUCUGGACGAUGAGCCACUCGAAUAUGACAAAGAUGAUCACACUAAAUUGGACAACUUUGGAAGACGUCUACUUCAUGGAAAAGGAUACGAUCGUUGGUUUGAUAAGUGCUUUACUGUUUGCGUAGGAAGCAAUUGCAAAAUUGGUUUUAAUGCUGAACAUUCAUGGGGGGACGCUGCUGUUGCCUCUCAUAUGUGGGAGAAUCUUAUCACGGAUGAAGGGCUCACCGAUGGAUAUGAUGAAGAUGGUAACACUAGAGGAAUUCCUGAAUUUACUCCUCCAUCACCAAUAAGAUUAAAUUGGGAGUUGGAACCAUUCAAGGACAAAAUUGAAGAGGCUACUGUUGAUGCUACUAAACUUUUGAAUGAUGUCGACUUACGUAUUCUGGUUCACAACGAAUACGGCAAAGGAUUCAUGAAGAAAUGUCGCAUAUCUCCAGAUGCAUUCAUUCAGAUGGCUCUUCAACUGGCAUAUUAUCGCGAUGCUAAACGUUUCUCACUCACAUACGAGGCUUCUAUGACAAGACUUUUCCGCGAAGGUCGAACUGAAACUGUUCGUCCAUGUACAAUCGAAUCAAGUGCAUGGGUUAAGGCUAUGGAAAGUGGACAAUCAACGAACAAAGAAUGCGUUGAAUUACUUCUUAAAGCUUGUAAUCGCCAUCAAUUGGGCUAUCAAGAUGCUAUGUCUGGUCGUGGAAUCGAUAGGCAUCUAUUUUGUUUAUAUGUUGUCUCAAAGUACCUUGAAGUGGAUUCUCCAUUUUUAAACGAAGUUCUCAGUGAACCUUGGCGCCUGUCCACUAGUCAAACCCCACACGGACAGACACCUAAGAUGGAUCUGAAAAAGCAUCCAAAUUUAAUAAGUGCUGGUGGUGGUUUUGGCCCAGUUGCCGAUGAUGGUUAUGGUGUUUCCUACAUCAUUGCUGGCGAGGAUUUGAUUUUCUUCCAUAUUUCUGCCAAAAAGAGUUGCGGAACGACGAGUGCAAAUAGAUUUGGUGAAAAUAUACGAAAAGCUCUAGCUGAUAUGCGUACCAUGUUCGAACAACAUAUCAAGGACAAUCCAAAAAAGACAAACGGAGCCAUCCAAAAAUAGAUGAAUCAAACCUGGCCGACCACAUAAAUAAUUUAAACAAAACAAAAACAAAAAACACAUUGUUUUAUGUUAAGACUUAGACCUAGAUUUAAGAAUCAUAGUUAAUGUAAUAAUAUUUGAAUUUUAUGAGAAAGCAAGCAAAAAAAAUCGAGGAAUACCAUUAAUGAACAAAAGCUUUAAAACAAAAUCAAAAAAACAACACUUUAGGUAUCUUUUUUGAGACUCUAUACACACUCGUGGUAAUUGAUUGAAAUUAUCAAAUGUUUAAAUUUGACACAAUCCUCCCCAAAAACACAAAUAUUUUUGUGCAGUUAAGUGAGAGUGCAUUUAAGUAAGAGCUUUUUGUUUAAAAAAAAUAUACAAAUUUCGUAAAAAAAAAAUUUUCUCAGGGAGAACGAUUAACUUAGAAAAAAAAAGAAUUUUUUUAGAAUAAAAAUUUACCAACCAAACAAGUGCAAUGCAAAUUUUUUGUAUAACUCUUAACGGUAUAACACUUUUUUAUAAUCCAAAAAAAAAAAAAUUAUUAUUGUUUUUUCUCUUUACCUAGUAAAAUUUGUAUUAUUCGUAAAAUGAAAGUGAGCUACAUAAUAUUUCAAUAAUGUAAAAUUAAA